GACACAUGCCCGCUGCAACAACCUUGGCAGGACAUGCAAGGGAAGUGCUGCGAUGGAUUGCGCUUCUAGGCGUCCUGCAUUCAACGGUAGCAUCGGUAGCAAUGGACGUGUGUCCUUGCCACCUUCCUCUGCAAGUGCAUGAAGAGUACAUUGUCUCCUUCACGACGUACGACACGUUGCCCGCACUUGCGUCGCGUCUCGAUAACGUCCUGGCAACGUAUGAAUCUCCCGUGAGUGCGUCGUCGUCAUCUCUGCAUCGCCAGAUCCAGCGACACAACAUUCCCACGGACUUUGUCGUGUGGCAUCUCCACGAUAUGUCAUUGUCGGUGAUCCGCUGGCUUCGCAUCCAACCCGGCAUCAAGUCCAUCGUGCGGAAUCGUCGACUCCAGCUCACUUCCUUGACCACUACAGACCCCACCGCUGCCCGACAAGACACGUUCACCUCGUCGUCCGCUUCAUGGAACUACAUGGACGACUGGGACAUAUCUCGAUUACGUGCGCAAAACAUCACAGGCCAUGGCAUCAAAGUAGCCAUUUUCGACACUGGAGUCGACCCCGAUCAUGCGCGGCGGCACUUUCGACAUGUAGAGGACAUCGUCAACUGGACAGACGAACCCCUCCUUCGGGACAGCGACGGCCACGGCAGCUUCGUGGCCGGAAUCAUCGCGAGCGUCCAUCCCGCGUGCCCGGGCAUCGCGCCGGACGUCCGCCUCGUGUCGUUCCGCGUGUUCACAUCCACCAGCGCGUCCUACACGUCGUGGCUGCUGGACGCACUAAACUUUGCGCUGUUUCUGGACGUGGACGUGCUAAACUUCAGCUUUGGCGGCCCCGACUUUGCAGACGCGCCGUUCGUAGACAAGAUCCACGAGUGCGCGGCCAACGGCGUCGUGAUUGUGUCUGCCGUGGGCAACCACGGCCCUCAAUAUGGCAGUGUGACCAACCCCGCCGACCAGAUCGACGUGCUGGGGGUCGGUGGGCUCGGCCUGUCGCCGUCUACUAUCGCUCGGUUUUCCGCGCGUGGCCAAACGUUGUGGGAAAUCAAUUCCGGAUACGGCCGUGUGAAACCGGAUGCCGUCGCCCCAUCCAUGUUUGUGCGGGGCCUGUCGGGGGAGAACACGUGUCGCUUGAUGAAUGGAACGAGCAUGGCCGCGCCGCUGGCGUCGGGGAUGUCGGCGCUGGUGCUGUCCCGACUCACGCCAUCCCAACGCUCGACCUUUGGGCACGUGGGGUUUCUCAAGGGAUUAUUCCUUCAAACUGCGACCCGGCUCCCGUCCUUAUGGAAUGCCACCAUGCGAUCGACCGAUGAUGAGAACACGUGGCAACAUAUCUACGAACAAGGCGCGGGCCGACUUGACAUCAAUCAGGCGCUGGCUGCGUUGCCGUCUGCAAUGGCAAACCCGACCGUGGUGCUGUUUCCGUCGUCGCUAAACUUGACAGACUGCCCGUACAUGUGGCCCCAUUGCUUGCAACCACUGUACCACACCAGACUUCCCCUCGUAAUUAACAUCACAAUGUUUCACCCAACGGCUGUGACAAGUCACCUGGUGGGAACACCCAAAUGGACCCCAUCCAAUGCUGAAGACGAUUAUUUGGCCAUUCAAACAUCCACGGGGUCGGACUUGUUUUGGCCCUAUUCCGGAGCCAUAGGGGUGCACAUUCGAGUGACCCGAUCGGUGCCUCAUCCGAUGACUGUGUCGGGUCACUUGACGUUUUUCAUCUCGGACGCCCCACCUGUCCAAUUGUAUGUGGAAAUUCCGUUGAUUCCAGCCCCUCCUCAACGCCAACGGGUAUUGUGGGACCAAUUCCGCAACGUCCAGUACCCAUCAGGGUACAUUCCACAUGACAAUUUACACCAACAAGUAGACCCGUUCGACUCGCAAGGCGACCACCCGCACACGAAUUUUUGUGAUUUUUUUCACCGCCUCCUCAGCCACCACCGCUUAUUUGUUGAAGUGCUUACGACUGAUUACACGUGCGUGGGUGACUGGUCAUUGUACGGAGUAUUGGUCAUAACCGACCCCGAAGACAGCUGGUUUGCAUCUGAAGUGGCGCUCGUGGAUGCGGCCGUGCGCCGCCAUGAUGGCCUGAGUGUGGUCGUGAUCGCUGAUUGGUUCAAUCCUGGCCUCGUACGCCACCACAUGUCGUUUUGGGAUGCCACGACGCUGAGUACGUGGCAGCCAGUCACGGGCGGCGCCAACGUACCCGCCAUCAACACCCUCCUCGCGGGCUUUGGCGUUGGCCUGAGUUCCCACGUGUGGUCGAAUGUCGAGCUAUUGUACAUGUCAGGGUCGGCACUCAUCGACUUGCCAGACCCGAGUUUUGUGCUGUAUGCCAACCUCACGCAAGACACAAAGAAAGAUAGGGGAGUUGAUACGGGGUUGUUCAAACAGGAUAUGAAAGAGAUGGCGAUUGCAGCUAUGGUACAGAUUCAAGGCGGAGGUCGAAUUGUUGUGUAUGGCGACUCGUCGUGCGUGGACUCGUCGACGGUGUCGCAGAUGGAGCAUGGCACGGAGAUGGCCAGGGCCCAAUGCGAAGCCAUGAUCGAUGGCUUGGUCGAAUAUGCUUUGAGUGGUCAUCUGCCUCAGAAUGCAGAGCCAGUACCAGGGCUCCACGUGGCCGAAGCAGACGCCGCCGACAGUGACCACCCUUUCUUGGCGAAGUACUCACGAGUCCUUGGCCACGUCCCUGGUUGCCCCAACGUAGCGCUGAGCUAACCAGGUUUCAAACCGGUAAUAAGUACUACUAGUAGUAGUACUAAU